CCUAACUCUGAGAGUUUUGGGUAAGUUUGUUUAGUAUAGUCGAUCGCGGCGGCGGCGCCACCGUGGAAGCGCUCAGCCCUUCCAAGAUCUACAGGAUGGGUAUGUAAGAAAAGAAAAGAAAAGGGACCGACUACCCUCCGUCCCGCAAAAGUCGCUCCUUCCUUCGCCCAUCUUUUAAGACAAGAGAAAUAAUGGUAGAAAGUGACUGAGCCGGGCCGCCCUCUGCACGCGCGAGGCGGGGGGGGGACGAAGAGAACGCCAGGCCUGGAGCAGAGCGCGGCUGAGAUUUCAGGGGAACGUUCCAAACCCGAACGUUCGCUUCUCAGUGUUCUAAGCCACACCGGUCCCUCCCCGCGGGAUCCCCCGUCGCUUCGAGUCCCAGGCCCUCUUCUGAAUUCCUCCCUGCCUUUCGUGACAGCCGCGGGAGAAGAUCUUUCUCUCUCUCUCUCUCUCUCUCUCUCUCUCUCUCUCUCUCUCUUUCUCUCCUUAGUCCUUUAAAGGAGCUGUUUUCUUUAGGGGGAGUUGUAGCAGAUCUCCCAAAUUCUGAGGGGGGGGAGGGGGAGUUGCAUAACUUUCCUUCGGGGCUUGACUUGGAUUUGCUUCAACUGUUCUUGGAGAUCCUGCGAGAUAAAGAGACACUUUGGGGAGGGAGAGGAUAACCGCCUUGCAUUUUCUGCUUGAGGCCUUUUUCGCAAACAAGCGGAGUAGGGGGAGAAAGGUCGAGAGAGUUUUGCUUCGGAAACUUUAAUUCGCCGCAGACCGAUUCCAGCUACAGGAAUCUUGUCUCGGUGGGAGCAAAGGAGACUAGAACGUCUGCAAGAUAACUUUAGAAGGAGGAAUCCUGGCCUGCCGGCUCUGAUUAACUCCUGCUUCUGGCCCCCACCCACCCCCUGCCUCUCCCUCUCUGCGAGGUCCCGCGGCAAACUUUUCUGGCUCGAGGUAAGAAGAAAUGAAUCCUGCGGCCGUCCCUCCCCCGCCGGGACAGCAAGUGAUCCAUGUCACCCAGGAUCUGGACACUGACUUAGAGGCUCUCUUCAACUCGGUCAUGAACCCCAAGCCCAGCUCGUGGAGGAAAAAGAUCCUGCCCGAAUCUUUUUUUAAGGAGCCCGAUUCGGGAUCUCAUUCCCGCCAAUCGAGCACCGACUCGGGCAGCCACCCUCCCCGGCUUAGCAGCGGUGCCGUCGGGGUCCACCACGUCCGCUCUCACUCUUCGCCAGCUUCCCUGCAGCUGGGCACCGGGGCGGGAGCCACCCCGACUCCGGCUCAACAGCAUGCCCACCUCCGCCAGCAGUCCUACGACGUGACGGAUGAGCUGCCGCUUCCUCCCGGCUGGGAGAUGGCGCUCACGCACACGGGUCAGAGAUACUUCCUCAACCACAUAGAGAAAAUUACAACUUGGCAAGAUCCUCGAAAGACUAUGACCCAGCCAUUAAAUCACAUGAGCCAUCAUCCUUCAACCACUUCCACUCCAGUAUCACAACGUUCAAUGGCCAUGUCGCAACCCAACCUCGUAAUGAAUCACCAGCACCAGCCACAGAUGACACCCACUGCAUCUAUAUCUCAGCAGAAUCACCCUCCACCAAACCCUCAAGCUGCCUUAUUGAACAUGCCAAAUGCUCUGACUUCCCAGCAACAACAGCAGCAGAAGCUGAGGCUUCAGAGAAUCCAAAUGGAGAGGGAAAGGAUUCGCAUGCGUCAGGAGGAACUCAUGCGUCAGGAAGCUGAUUUGUACAGACAACUUCCCAUGGAAUCUGAGAACCUUGCCCCAGUUCAGACUGCUGUGAGCACACCUAACAUGACACAGGACAUGAGAUCUAUUACAAACAAUGGGUCAGAUCCCUUUCUGAACAGUGGGCCAUACCAUUCCAGGGAGCAGAGCACAGACAGUGGCCUAGGCUUAGGAUGUUACAGCAUACCGACUACACCUGAAGACUUCCUCAGCAAUGUAGAUGAGAUGGACACAGGAGAAAAUGUAGCGCAGACUUCCAUGAAUAUCAACUCCCAACAGACACGCUUUCCUGACUUCCUUGACUGUCUUCCAGGAACAAACGUUGACCUUGGGACAUUAGAGUCUGAAGACCUGAUCCCAAUUCUUAGUGAUGUGGAAUCAGUCCUCAACAAAAACGAACCUUUUCUUACCUGGUUGUAACUGAUAACCCAACAUUUCCUUUCCCUCUAGAAUUUAAGGCCAAGCCUCCUCAAGUCCUUCAGCUAACCAGCCUAAUCCUUUGCUGACUUUUCCAGCCCCUUUAUAGGUCAAUGAAUCUUGAUCAGGAUGUCAUUGACAAUAACUUACAUUUGAAAUGUACACACAUAUAAGAUACACACAUCCCUAGUUUUAAGGAGUAGAAUUGCUUAUAGAUAUUAAAUGUAAGUUUCUCCUAGAUGUGUUUUGAGGACACAAAGGGGUAGGGUUUUUUUUUUGCACCAGGUCUAAACUGAACAGUCAUCAGUUACACACAAUUAAGUGUAUAAUUAAGGACAUGAUGACUGUAAGAAGUUUUAGACUGCAGAAGUUAGGUUGGUUCUGAAAACCUAGCAUACACUCAAAUAACAGCUCUGUGAUCAUAUUUAAUUGCACCAAAUGCUUGUUAUUUACAAGAGUUUUAAAAAUCAUCAUUAUUUUAAAUAAACUCACAUUGUAGGGAAUACAGCUUUCUUUCUUUUCAAUUCCAAGUCAACCAGAGAGCAACUUUUUUAAAAAACCUGUAAAGCACAAACAUUACCAUUGAGACUUUUUCAGUUGCUACAUGGUUUCUAGUAAUCAAAAGUGAAAUGUUUUAGCUGCUGUUUUUACACUACCACUACAUUAUAAAAUCAACCAGGUUGAUACUAAUUGCUGCCAUUUUUAAACUAUAUAGAAAAUGAAAAAAUGCAAUUAUAUAUGUUACAUUCUUUUUUAAUUUCAUUUUAAAGAAGUACACUUUAUAUGUAGCUGUUUUAAAAACUAUUUUAAGGUGAAUCAUAAAAACAAUACUUUUUUUGUUGUGUUAUACACAAAUCAAAAAAAUAUAUCUAGUAAAAUCGAAUUUCAGAAUUCUGGAGAAAAACUCACAUGAUUGAAUACAGUAACAAUUUUGUUGAACCUCAUUAUAUAUUUUUUCUUUUUAGCAAUAUUACAUUUUGUUGAUCAGAUUUUACAAGCUAGAAAUAAUAGCUUCACUUUAUCGUUAGGUGAAAACCAAUAUCUCUUGGUCAGUGUAGCAAAAGUACUUAACUUUUUAGCCAUUUGCUUUUUAAUUCUGGCCUAUGAGACAAAAGACUAUUGUUGGUGUACUCCUAGCUAUAUUCAUAUAAAGAUUAUUAAAUAGUUGAUAUCUGGGACUGAGAAUGCAUCAAGGAUUUCAAGUAUUCACUUUGCCUGAAAUGCAAAUGACGUCCUAAGAUUAAGUAUUUUAAAUUGUUUUUAUUUAUAAUCUAUGAACAUUAAGCUUUUUUAUAUUGAAAAAAAUAUCUUUUUAUGGAAGGCAUUAUAAUUAAUACAGGCCUUUUAAUCAGUGAUAUGCAAACCAAACAAAAAGGUAAAGCACACUGCUAGGCUUCAAGCAUACGAAUAAACAGUCAUCAUUGUAUUACAGAACUGGCCAGUUCUGUACUUGGUGAAGAGAAAAGGCAGGUGAAAUAAAUGUUAGUUUGAAGUCAAUAAGAUAGGUUGAAGAGUUGCUAAGGAGAGAAUGCAGAUAGCAAUGCUGGAGUAUUACAAAGUCAAUUCUGGGGAUUACCCCAGUGAAUCAAUUAAAUGUUGGCGAACACUAUUUUGUGGUAGAAUUGUUACUUGAAGGUAUUUGUUCUGAAUGCACCAGGAUAGUUUUCUUUUCACAAUAUUUUAAUCAUGAGUGAUUCAAAACAAAAUCCAAUAUUUGUGAAGUUUUAAUAUUUGACCCAGAAAAUAUUUUGUGUUUGUUUUAUAAAGGCAGGGAUGGGUAGGCAGACAUAAGUAAGUAGAUUAGUUUGUUUUAGCAGAUUCUUGCACCUACUAAAAAUAUUUUCCAUCAAUGGGCAUUCUUCCCUUUUAUUUUCAUUUCUUUUCAUUUUGCUUGCUCACUUAACAUAUAGGAUUAAUCAUUAAGAGAGCAAGAGAUUUGUCUUUAAGCAAUGUUAUUGCAUGUUUUCACUAUUUAAAGAUUAUCGGCCAUGAUAUGAAAACCAGACACUCCUACGAUGUUUACUAUUUUAGCUAUGUGAACAAGUUUCUUCUUUCUUGAUUUUUUUUCUUACCUGCUUAGAAAAACAGGAAGUUAUUAAUGGCAGAUCCAAAUAUUACUUUGUUGUAUGGCCAGUGCUCUUGUGCUCAUCGAGAAACUGCAGAAACACUGCCAUAGAUCUCUUGUUCACUCAGCACCAGACUGCUUGGCAAUUUUUGGACUUCUGCAGAUUUACAGAUUACAUAGUAAUAUUCGCUGUGACAGACUGGGCUUCUAGCUGGCAAUAGGCUUCAAUCAAAGGUACCUCACUUAUUCUAAAAAAUUACCAGAUCCAAUAGUGUAUAUUAAUAUUUGAAGUGACAUUUCCCACAUAUUUGUAGCCAACAUCGUGUUCCAUUUUGUACAACCAAAAACAGCCACCAAAGGAGCUCUUCCAAGUUGUGUAAGUGGUAUGAUUUACCUCCUUUGAAUUGAUUUUCCAGAAUUAGCCUGCACGAAUUAGAAUGACUUCAAUUUAAAGUGAAAAUAGCUUAGAGAAGGAACUAAACUUCACCCAGGCCCCAGCUGGAUUUAGGAGUGAGGAAUGGGCAGAGAAGCAAAAAUUAAAGCAUUAGAGCAGAAAUUUCAAACCUUUUCUGGCUCACAUCCUAUUAAUUUUAAAAAAUUCUCAGAACCCCUAGAAAAAAAAUCAAGAGACACUAGUAAUUUAAAAAAUGGCUCUUUUGAGUGUUUCAAGGGACGGGGAUUAACCACAGCCUUUAUACACAGAAAUAACUCCAUUACAUCUUCAUGGAACACUGAGGGUUCCACAGUUUGAAACACAUUACUGUAGAAAAUUGUAGCAAACCGCAAACAUCCAAAUGACCAUUAAAUGGUAGCAAGGAAAUAUGGAAAACACUAUAUUCGGCUACCAUUCAAUGAUCUAUAUCUAGGCUUUUCCAAUGUAAACCUAGUAAGCCAAUAAUUUUUAUAAAUAGAAGAAGGAAUUCUGUGCAUACUUCCUUGUUAGAAGAGAUCGCUAGGGAUGCUUGUUAUUGCCACACCUGUGAUCACUCUGGAAUUGAAGUACAUAAAUGAAUGGGGGACACAAUGAGAAAAUAAUAUUCAUAUCCUUAUUCCUCACCAUGAUGAAAGUAAAUGCUAUAAGCUUAGAGCCAUCAGAACAAGGUUUGAAAAAUCUAGCUGCCCACUAAAAAAAAUCUAGAAGACUAGCUGCCAGCAAAGAGCUACCGUUUUCUGUAUAUUUUGUACCAAGUGGAUUUGGGGAGCCCAGAUCUGGUUAAUAGAAAUAAUGCUGAACCAUUCUAUGUUGUGGGGGGAUGGGGAAGCUGCAUUGUAACUAGCAGUAUACCUUACGUUUAAGGCUCUCAGUAGUUUCCUAGCCCUACGACUUCUUGUACUCCGUGGGAAUCACUUCUGAAUAGGUGUGCAUAGAUACUUUGCCUGACAACUUUACAGCCCUGUAAGUUUUUUGGGAUUUGAUUUCCAGAAUUCAGUCCAAUAGGACCAAUUAAAAUUCAGGGAGUUAGCAGAUCCAAGGCUGGUUUUGAACAAGGCAGAUAAAUCGAGCAAAUAAGUUAACCUAUGAAGGCAUCAUGCAGAACAAAGAACAACUAGAACAAAGGAGCCAAUCUUCUUUUAAAGUGCCAGAGAUAUGAUUUUUAAGGAAUGAAGCAUCUAAUAGUAGAGAUUGGGGGGUGGGGGUGGGAGAUGCCAGUCAUCACAAAAAUGGGGGAAAUAAAUGAAUAAGUCAAUUUUAUGUUGCAAAGUCCUGCUUUAAUUUUUAAUCAUUUCUUACUGAUCUAAUAGUUUUUCAUAAAUUUUCAGUGUAAGACUAUGAUUUGUGGUAUUUAAUUACUUCAUGUUUUACACUAAAUUACAUUUGCCAGCAGUAAAAAUAUAUCACAGUAGAGCAAUCAUGCUGCCAUUCAAGGAUUUUAGGUUAGUGAAAGGCCCCCUUCAAUGCUGACCACAUAGAAGUUGUGGGAUAUGGAUAACAGCUUGUAAUCUUGAGUGAGGGGAAGUUUUGAGGUCAUUGUUUUUCAAACUGCGUUCUAGGGAAUUCUGAGCUUUCUUAGAAGUAGGUUAAGAAUUCCAAUGUCAAUUCAAAUAAACUUUCAUUGAAAUGAAUUUGCCCUGCUGAUGUGCAAUGAACAUGGUCUCUAGUGGCUAUUCCUGAACUAAGACUCAGGAGACUCAGAUCCCGGUUCAUACUCAUUGAUGAUGUAUUUUGAGCAUCUAGCUGUGUUCUGUUUGUUAACUGUCCUAUACCACAGCGUGGUUAUGAUAAUUAAAGGAAGGAAAGUGCUAUAUGCUACCAUGAACUCCAUGGCAAAAUGGUGGGAUAGAAAUG